AUGGACUCGCAGGGGAGCCAGGACUCGCAAGACAGCACCCUGACCAUUACCGAUGAGAACAGGAGCGAGAUUCUCUACUUCGCGUACGGAAGCAACUUGUCGACGGAGCAGAUGCGGCAGCGAUGUCCUUAUUCUACAGCCGUCGGAUUGGGGAAAGUUACGGGGUGGCGGUGGAUUAUCAACGCGAGGGGAUAUGCAAACAUUGGGAAGAGCAGGAUGGAAGAAGACACAGAAGAGAGCCAAGUAUACGGCAUGCUCUAUCUACUACCGGUAGAAGACGAAGAGCGACUAGACCGAUACGAGGGCGUACCCUGGGCCUACGAAAAGCUUCACAUUGAGGCUUAUUGGGUGAGCAAUAGGGAUAGGGUCGACGGAGAGGAGCAGCGGGUGGAAGAGGAGUUGACGCCGGUCAAGGUGCUGGCGUAUGUUGAUAGGCAGCGCGUGACGGAGGGCAGGCCGAAGGAGGAGUAUGUGGAGAGGAUGGAGAGGGGGAUUGAGGAUGCGGUUGAGAAUUGGGGGAUGAGUGAGGAGUAUGCGGAUAGGGUGAUGAGGCGGUUCUGGGUGGAUGGAUGA